GAACCUGCUUGCUGAUUAAGCAGCUGAGAUUCUCCUUCCCCAUUUGUCGCUCAGUCCAUUUCUAUAAGAAACAUGGGCUACGUCACCGUCCUGGUCCAACAUUCCUGGGCAUUACAACCUUCUACUUCUCGAGCGUCAACACCACAGCAGCACCUGAACACGGGCUCUGAACAAGUGCCCGCUGGGUUGGGGAAUAUCCAUGCAUCUUCGACAGUUCGGCUGUCUAUUCCGGAGACAGUGGCUGCUUUCGUCCGCGAGUGCAAUGCAUCCAGCACACCGUCUGACCAGCAGCGAAGGAGAAGACAGGCAUUAGAUAUUUUUGAUAAAUUGAAGCAUCUAGUUUUGGCAGGUUCAGUGGUUGAUCCAGUAUUGAAAGCCCCCACCUCAACGAAAACACCGGCCGCUCGUUUCCCUGGAAGUGAAUCCUUAAAACUUCACCCACACCUUCGGCUUCUUCGCCAGCGGGUUGAUGCCAACUUGGGAAGCACAGAGGAGCACGUGCAUAGCAGCCCUGGGCGAUCGUCGGCUUUACAUGCACGUCGAUCCGUCCUAGCAUUUACGGAGUGCAGUUUACCCUCAAUUCAUGAUAGAGCAUUUGAAGUACUUUUCGAAGCUCUGGAUGUCAAUCAACUCCGUACCGACGACACUGAAGUGGAAAGCCUGUUGAAAUUAAUCAGCGACAUGAUUCAACGGAUGUUGAUUUUGAUCCCUCUGAAAAACGCGGAGGAUUGUGCAAGCACCGGAAAGAGCUGGGAUGUGAAAAGAAUUUCAAUGUGCAUGUGUUUGGCGAUGCAACGGUUAGAAUUUGCUCAUGAGGUCCGUGGAUACGUCAUUCCCUCGGAGACCGAACAGAUAAUGCAGCAGUAUCUCGAUGAAUGUCUGCCAAACAUUCAAACUACCGAUCCAUACUUGAUCCAUUUACUGGCGGAGAUGGAAGAUUCGAUUCGCUGGCUCCUUUCUACGACACAGGACAAGGAGCAACCCCCAGCAACGGCGACGGCGUUAUCAUUUCUUUCCCAGACGAUGAGAGCUCUGCCAGGAGGGGAUUCGAGCGAUGUGAUAGGGCCGUUCAACGCCAUUUUGGAGGAUUUACGAGGGAGAGGGGCACGACGCCUAGGACGCAACUAUAUCAGGUUCUUGGCUACGGCUGCUGCAAUAAGCGAAGAUGCGUGCCGAGUAUUCCUUGGUGUGCUGAAUAAACUGGAUGCCCGCACAGAUUGGCACUGGUUGUACCUGGGGAUAUUGUGUCUCGGUGCUAUUAUCAUCAACGGCCAUUCAUCGGCUGUGGGUAAACUAGUCAUGGAGUCCUUACUGACGUAUUUGCAAUAUCGCGGAACACAACAUCGAAGAUUCGACCUCAGGGACCACGGGGCACAUGAGCAAGACAUAGAUGAGAUGAUCCAAAUUGGAGAUGGCGGCAACGUCACGGUUGAGGUGCUACAACCCAAGAUGGUAGACUGGCAUCGGGACAUUGUGACGGAGGAGAGCAAUGCCUGGAAGAUCCGGGCAGGGGCCGUCGUUGCGCUAGCGGAAAUUCAGCGGCAUUUCAGGUCGCAACCUUUCGGGAUUCUGGCAAGGGAAGCAAUGAGAGCGAGACGACAACAUGAAACGCAUCCUGGCCCCGGCACGUUGCUGGAGGCGGCUCUCGGCAUCCCUUCACGGCCUGAAGCAUCUAAACUUGCAAGAACUAACAUAAGGCGAAUUUCAUAUCUCUUCCGCUACACCUGUUUGGCUCUAGCAGAAGGAUAUGCGGAAUCGCAUAGUCGGAUUGACUUCCUGAGGCAUUACCUUCGUUCGGCCGCUGGUGUUAAAAGUUCCAAACAACAAAACGGCAAAGCACUUACGCAAAUCGCCCCAGUGUACAGGGACUGUACGGCGAACGCAAGAUUCUUUCGCCUGGAACCUCACAUGCCUCUAUCCACCGCACCAUAUCACCAUAAUCACAAGUGCUUCGUCGAGCUCCCAACAAAUGCACACAAGCCGUUAUAUCUUGCCCCCUCUUUUCUAGCCACCACCGAUCCAUCCUUGCCUCACCCGUCGAAUGGAACAGUUAACCGUCGGAAACUCUUCCACCCCAAUGUCGCGCUUAAGCAGCCGUCUCAGGGAAUUCAAUAUUUGCCAUCAAUAGCAAAAGGUACUCUUGAUACAUUACUGCAUUUGAACCUAAAGGACGAUAACAUAGAGCCCAUUUCAAAGGACCUCUCCACGUGGUAAUG